AUGCCCAUAAAAGGGUUGCAAUUGAUAUUUUUAUUAUUCGUCUUAGCUCUUGACAUUGUUCAUCUUUUUCCAACAUUCGAAAUUGAUAAAUCACAAAGUGAACAAACUGGUGUCAAUACUAUUCUUGUUGAUGUAUCUUGGACCACACACGAUUAUAAUUUACACACAGUACCAUCAUUACUAGCACCAGCUAACCCACUAUCAUCUCGGCAAUUUUCGCCUAUUAACAAAAAAAUAUAUGCUAAUUUAAAACAACUCAAUGCCGAAUAUGCUCGAUAUGCUGCAUGGUAUCCUUUUCCACAUAUGGCUGUUUCUGAACUUGAUCCCCCAUCAGGUUUAUUUCAAUGUGGUAACGUAGGAACUAAUUUUUCUAUUAACCUAUCAUGCGAACAAAAUAAUGGUAUGAUAAGCAAAAUUGAUUUUGCUUCGUACGGAACACCAAGUGGUAUAUGUGGUCAAAUGAAACAAGGCACUUGUCAUGCAGUCAAUACUUCGAGUAUUGUGGAAAAAAUAUGUCUUGGAAAACAGAAAUGUUCUAUUCCAGCAACAUAUGAUAAUUUUGGAGAUCCAUGUUUUGGAACAGAAAAACGAUUAUGGAUUCAAGUUCAAUGUGAUCCACCACAAAACAAUACCUACUACAAUUUCACCUAUAUGGAUCCAACGUUACAAGACUUUUUAGAUGCUACCGAUGGCCAUUCACGUAUUAUCAACUUUUGUACUCACGAGGGAACAUAUUUAGGUGAUUAA